AUGCUCUGUCUAGUCCUGAAACUGUGGUUGUGCAGCGAAGCCAUAACGGGACAUCUGACCAGACAAGAACGCGAGUAUGGCUCCUCAUCUCUCGCUGCCCAAACCCCAGAGUGGGGUCGUGUCCGCGGGGAGGGCUCGUCCAAAGACCCGGGAAUCAUUGUCGAGAGCGCCGCUUUGGAUGACGUGAAAGUUUGGAGACAAAGGAGCGUGCCAAACUCCGUGCGUAAAAGGAAAGACUCAUUACGCGCGAGAAACGUGGCUCUCUCUGCGCAGAAACUUGGAUUUACUGGACGAAUGGAGGAUGAGACAGCUGCUGGUGCUGAUAUACUAUCUCACGUUACUAAUAAAAGUCACUUAUUGCUGCGUAAAAUACGACAAAGCGUGCGUAAGAAGGGAGAAGGACCGGACACGGCGCGCGUUCCUGUGGCCAUGGCGCAGGAGAUGGACGCGCCGUUUCUGCUCAACUCCAGCGACUACGAGGACGUGUUCCAGCUGCCGAACUUCCCAGACAGCACCCCGGUGUCGCCCGUCAGCCUGAGGCCCAAGAGGAAGCUGCACAAUAACCCGUUUUACCCCGUGACCGCGGAGACGUACGGGGCUUACGCGGUGCUGGUGGUGGCAGGGCUGGUGUUCAGCGUGGGGGUCAUCGGGAACGUGUCUCUGAUGUGCAUCGUGUGCCAUAACUACUACAUGAGAAGCAUCUCCAACUCUCUGCUGGCCAACUUGGCGCUCUGGGACUUCGUGGUGGUCUUCUUCUGCCUGCCCCUGGUGGUGUUCCACGAGCUCACGAAGGACUGGCUGCUGGGGGACUUCUCCUGCAGGAUUGUGCCAUAUUUGGAGGUUGCCUCUUUAGGAGUCACCACAUUCACCCUCUGCGCUCUUUGCAUCGACCGUUUCCGCGCCGCCAACAACGUCCAGAACUAUUACGAGAUGAUCGAGAACUGGGCCUCCACCACCGCCAAGCUGGCCGUCAUCUGGAUAGGCGCUCUCCUCUUGGCCCUGCCCGAGCUACUCAUCCGGCAACUGGUCACCGAAGAGUCGGAUCCGCCCGAAGUGACCACCCCGUGCGAACGCUGCGUCAUACGGAUCUCCACGGACCUCCCCGACACCUUGUACGUCCUGGGUCUCACCUACGACGGAGCGAGGCUGUGGUGGUAUUUUGGAUGCUACUUCUGCUUGCCGACUCUUUUCACAAUUUUCUGUUCCCUCGCCACGGCGCAUAAGAUCCGCAAGGCCGAGCGCAACAACGUCCGAGGUAGCAAGAAGCAAAUCCAACUGGAAAGCCAAAUGAACUGCGCCGUCGUGGCUUUGGCGAUUUUGUACGGGUUUUGCAUCAUACCCGAAAACAUUUGCAACAUCUUGAGCACCUACAUGGCCGCCGGGAUUCCUCGCCGGACUUUGGAAAUACUUAAAUUAGGCGAUACUGGACUGCUGCUGCUGCUGUUUGGAGGAUUGUGGGCCAGAAAGGUCUCCGGCGACAACCAGCGAUAA